UCGUUUCAGUAGUCGUCGUCUUCAUCUCCUCCUCUCUCUCUCUCUCUCUCUCUCUCUCUCUCUCUCUCUCUUUAAAUAAACCCUAAAAAUUCUGUUUUCUGCUGUUCACCGCAUCCCAGCGAAGGUCCAACUAUAAGUCCAAAGAUUUAGAGAGAGAAAGGCCCAAGUUUCUCAUUCAUGUUCGGCCAAAUACCCUACUAUUGGUUGUAGAGAUAGGGAGAGAGAUGUGCUGUAGCUACGGAGUGAUACCAAGAAGCGACGCUCGCUUCUCUCUCCUUCCAGUCAAACCCUACCCGAACGCCAACAGUCGGACCUCCAUACCGGACGCGUUCCUCCGCCUACAGAGAAACCGUGUCUGGUUCCGGAACCGGAACGGAUAUCCUCGUUUGAGCGCAGCGUUGGACGAUGGUUCCGUUGUGGCGGCGUUGGAGGCGAUGAGCUUCUACGAGCUUCUUGGGAUUCCGGAGACGGGGACGCUGCUGGAGAUCAAGCAGGCGUACAAGCAACUGGCGCGGAAGUACCACCCGGACGUGUCGCCGCCGGGGCGGACCGAGGAGUACACUCAGAGGUUCAUCCGGGUCCAGGAGGCCUACGAGACGCUGUCCGACCCGAGGCAGAGGGCUCUUUACGACAGAGACAUGGCCAGGGGGCUUCACCUCGUCUUCUCGGCUCGAAGGCGUUACCAGAGCGAUGAGCCAAUGGAGGAAAGAAGUGAAUGGAAGAAUCGCUGGCAGGUGCAGCUAUCAGAGCUGAAGAGAAGAAGCAUGUAUAAGGAUGCGCGGGGAAAUAUGUCAUGGGGUGCACGGAUGCGCAGGCAGAGGAAUGAAUCAUCCUCAGAUUUAUGAAUACGUUAUUUAAUUUUGCUUGUAAAUAGCCGCUGACCUUUAUGCAGUAUUAGGUGGAGAAUAUAUUAUAUCAUACUGCUUUUUUAGCAUUGCUUACUACAAUGGGGUUAAAAGUACUUUUGGAAAUGGUAAUCAUGCAAAUCUUGAAAUAAAGAUUGCAGUAGUCAUGUAUAUUCUGUACCACAUCUGCCUUAAAACUAUGGCAAGAUAUCUUGUACAUGGGUUCAGUAAGUGCCUCUUUUUGGUCCCAGCAA